UGUGCUCGUGCCCUUCCAGAACACACGUCACUUCCACCAAAAACAAAUGUCGCGAGGCAGCCCGGUAGUAGAGCACCCUGUGAGUGUAACUUUCACAAACACUGAGUGAAAAUUCAUUGAAUAAAACAAACACCACGACUGCGUGUUAGCUGUAGGAUGAACACCACGCUGAAGCACUGGAAGGAGGCGGCCACGCUCAUCUUAGCCGCCGGCCACAGGCUCGGCGCGGACAGCCUGUCGUCAAGGACACCGCUGUCCGCCGCUCCAGGUGCACCGCUGGCCGGCAGCCAUGGGCGCUCUCACCUGCCGCACAGCUCCCGCUUCGAUUACGACGUCCUGCUGCUCAAACGAAGCAGCAAAAGUGGCUUCAUGCCCAACGCGUACGUGUUCCCCGGCGGCAUGGUGGACGCCUCGGACUUCUCCAGUGAGUGGCUGGACAUCUUCAAGUCUUUCACCAACUCUCCCAGCUUCGGGUUGAAAGGUGUGAAGCAGCCGGUGGAGAGCAGACCUCCCAUCUUCGCCACAGACCGGCUGAAGCUGGGCUCCCCUAUCCCGGGGGAGGUCGCCUUCCGGAUCUGCGCGCUGAGGGAGACGUUCGAGGAGUCUGGAGUGCUGCUGGUGGUGUCCAAACAGGUGGAGGAAGGCUUGCUGGAAAGCAUCCAAGACAGUAAAGUGCCACACAGCACGGUAAACGAUCUGUGCAGCAGUGAACUCACCAGGUGGAGGACUCUGGUGAACCAGAGCCCCUCCAACUUCAUCAGGAUGUGCAGAGAGCUGGAGGUGUUGCCCAACAUCUGGGCUUUACACGAGUGGGGCAACUGGCUGACUCCCAAAGGUCGAUACGGUGUGACGAGGUUUGACACAGCCUUCUUCAUCUGCUGCCUGCAGGAGAUCCCCCACACCCUGCAGGACGAGAGGGAGAUAGUGCGCUUCCAGUGGUCCACACCCUCUGAGGUCCUGCAGAGCUACCAGGCACGCGAGUUGUGGAUCGCCCCUCCACAGUUCUACGAGCUCAGCCGCAUGUGCCGCUUCCCUCAGCUGAACGACCUCCACAACUUCUCCAGCCGGCGCACCACGGAGGGCUGUGAGCAAUGGCUGCCCGUCAUCAUAAACGAUCCACACUACAUAUCGCUGCUGCCAGGUGACAAACUUUAUCCACUGGACACUUCAGGUGAGGCUGAGGCGGAUAAGAGCCCAGACCCUCCGCAGGAGCAUCAUCAGCAUUCUGGACUGCACCGCAUGUUGAUCCCAGAUCCGUACAGUUUAAGUCUACAGGUCACCAUCACGCCCAAGUACAACCAUGUGCUGCCUGUCGCUGGACAAGCCUUAGAGAGCAAAGCUGACUCAAACAGUCAGCUUUGACUUGCCCGACCUAUAGUACAAGCCCCACAACACCUCUGUUUGUGAUAAUGUCAGAUAAUAUCUUCCUUUUAUAGCAGAUAUGAGGGCCGCACAAUUAAUCAAAAUCACAAUACGACUAAGUGCAAUAUCCAUAUUGCAAGAACUGCAGUUGUUUUAUAAAGGAAAUGUGUCUCAAAACAAUGUUUCAAUGAAAUGUUGUCAUGCUGCAGAGAUGCUCUGACCUACAAAUGUUGUUCUACAGAUGUAAUAAAACAUGUUUGUCACUUUUUGACCAUAACGUGCAGCACUGGCAGACAUUUUGAAUCGUCAUAGCAGGGGAAGCACAGGUGGUACUGAUAGCAUUUGAAAUGGCUGUGUUCUGCUUGUGUGUCACUGUAGAGCAACAGUCAUACCACAAACUGAAAUAUGCUCACCCAGGAAAAUCAGGUUGGGCCGUCUAGUCAGUCACAACAGCUCCUGUAGCUUUUCUCAGUUUUCUCUCACCUGACACCGACACACACAAUUUUGUUCAAUAAAAAGGGUUUGAGAUAGAGAAUAAAGCUAACAACAGGACAGUAAGUUCCCAUAGUUUAUUUAGUUUAAAAAGACAUAUUUGUGCCGCUUAACUGUAGUCUCCUAACUGUCUGCAAACCAUUUUUAUUUUGUGAAAAACCACACUCAUUGACUCAUCAUGGUGUGUCCAGGGCAUUAGCCAUGACAGUGUAACCAUGAGCCAGUGUGCAUAACAUCAGGACGCAGCUAACUGGAAUUCAGCCAUCAUUUAUGUGAUAAAUCACACUUUUGAUUUUCCCACUGUAACAUGUCAGAGUGUGCAAGCCUGGAUCUCUUCCAAGGAAAACGGCCUCAUCUGAACAUGACUGUAUUAAUGCCUGUUAAGAUUUGUUAUUUUACAUUAUUUUUGUUUUGAGACUUUAGUGUCACAGUCACUGCCAUCCAGUUUAGAGAUCUGUGUCUCUACCAGCAUCGCUUCAUCGUUUUUUAAUAUAAUUAACAAAUGUGUUGUGAAUGCCAAUGGCCUUAUAGUACGCAGGACUGAAAGUUUUCCAGGUUUUAGUGAAGCAUCUCUGUUUGCAGCACGUGUGAAGUGAGGAGGCCACAGAAGGAGGUCCAUCAGACUUGAAGUGGUUCAGGAACUUUGUUUUGGUGUCGGCUGCUGAGUUCUGUGAUUUGAGAUUGAUCCUUAAAACUGUAACUGUCUAAAAAUUUGACUUGAAAUCUGACUUUUUAUAAUAGUUUAUUAUGUCUAUUAUGAGCAACACUAUUAAGCAGUGAGUUCUAUGUGGAAAUAAAUAUUAAAUUGUUUUAUACGUA